ACCCUUGUGUUUCACGCCGUCGUGGCGCUGUGACGCAAAUAAAGCCACACUCUUUCGGAAGUAAUGUGUCGCUUUGUUAAAUGUUGACUGCUCGGUCUUAGCCGACGGCACUUUACUAAUUCAACAAAAUUCCCCAUAUAUGUGAAUAAUAGUAGCUGUGUUGUUAACAGGUCGGCUCAGAAUGGAGCAGCAGGACGGACACGAGCACGAAGCGAAACACUGUGACGGAAAUGGUUCUCUUCCACAGGAUGUUACAACAUCAGAACCUUGCAUAAGGUCUCAGGCUGAUGAAAACAGUGAGGAAGAGUCUGCAUUAAUGACACAUUCCGCCCACUUUUUAGACCCGUCAGAAGACAUGGAUGAAGACAAUCAACUGAUGGAGGAGGAUGAGAUGGAACUCCUUAUUCUUGAUGCUGAACAUCCUCUCGUCGCAGAGAAGCAAGCUGCACUAAAGAAUCAACUCAUGAAGGAACUGGAGAGGCUCAUACUGGAUAUAAAGGAAGAGGUGGCAAUUGAGAUGGCAGAAUCGAACCAAAUAGAGGAAAUAUACCUUGAGUUGUUCAGGGAACAGGAGACACUAAAACAACUCCAUACAAGGCUAGAGGGUCAACAACAGACCAAGAUCUUGGCUGAGAGCAAACAUCAACAGGUUCAGGAUCAACUGGAGGCAAUGAGGACUUGUCAUACCAGCAAUACAAACCAGUGUGACAAGACCAGGGCCAAUGUAUCCAACCUGCAGAAAGAGCUGGAAAAACUGAUGCCACACCUCAACUUCACACAAGAAGUCAGCGAAGAUCUGCAUUGCAAUGUGAAAGCCAUGAAGAAUGUCACAAGCAAGGCAAGAGCUAAGAGGUCUCAAGUGGAAGAGGAGAAAUUUACGCAGGAUAUGUAUGUGGAGCACCUCACCAAGGACUUGGAGCGACAAACACAACAGAGGGACAUGUAUGAAGUUCAGAGAAAAGCCCAGGCAGAGACAACACGUGCAACCAAAGAGGCUCUUUCUGAGGCAGAAAUUCAAAUCGAGUCCUUGGCGAUGUCACAGAGACAGCUACUGCAGCAGUGGAACAGGAGCCUGGUGGAUUUGAAGAGGCGGGAUGGAGACUUCCAAGCCAUGCAGGAGGCUGUUAGCAUGGCGGAGCACCAAGUAAUCAUGCUGGACAGAGAGAUUGAAGGCAGCAAGAAAUCCAUUUCUGAGCUGCAGGAGAAGAGCGAGACUCUCACUAUGCUGCUAAACUGCGCCCAGAUGGACUGUGAGGUGUCCAAAAAGAUGAUGAGUCAGAAUCAAAACCAAUACGAAGCUGUGCAGGCCCAAUAUGGCAUCUGCAGCCGUGCCCUGGGGGAGACAGAGCGCACCCUGGCAGAGCUCACUAAGGAGGACAAUGGUCUUCAAGCUGAGGUGACUGACCACAGGAGAAAGCUUGAGAAAAACAAAGAGAAGCACCUGAAGUUAGAGGACAAGAUUAUGACCCAAAUGCUGCAGAAGCUCAUGGAUAGCAAGGCUGCUCAGUUCUAUCAGCGGCUUACCAACAAGACAGCAUCUCUCAAGAAAGAGAAGGCUUAUCAGCUGUGGCAUUUGGAGAGUGAAGUAAUGGCAACAACAUUGGAGAGCAAUGUGAUAAAUGAGAAACUGGAAAACUUAUGCCGAAGUCUAAAGGAGCUUGAUGAAGAGAUCACAAAGUACAACAAGGUGGUUACAUCUACCCAGGCUGACAGUUUUUCGAUGGACUUACUCAUCUCACAGAAACAGACCACCAUUGUAAACUACAACAAUAAAAUCUAUCUCAUUGGAACUAACACUGGGCAUGGAGACCUCAGUCCUUUGCAAAUAAAUGUAGAGGGAAUAAAGUCUCAGAUUGAGAAAUUAUCUGAGAAAAUCAAGAAUGACCAGCAGCUCUGGCUGAAGCAUCAAGGAAUGCUCGUGGGACUGAUCCUUGACAUACAGGCACAUAGAAAGGAGUACAACAAAUCGCAGGCGAAGUUCACUGUGAUCCGUCAAAAGAAGAUUUAUCUGGAGCGUCAGUUUGAGACGAUGCACCAUGAGGAGAGUGACUUGGAGAAGAGCAGUGAGAUGCUUCAAAGAGACCUGCUGAAGCUCAACACUCUUCUCAGCAAGAACACUCAGUUGUGUGACGCUUUGGAGCAGGAGAACUCUGCCAUGCAGGCCGACUUUCUUCACAAACUUAAGGAUGCUGACCGGGAGUCCAUAGAGAUGGCACUAAAACUGGAAAAGACUCAGGAGGAAAAAGAGAAACUCUUCACCGGUCUGUUGGAGACCCAGCAUCAUAUCAUGCUGUGGGAAAAGAAGACCCAUCUUAUGAAAGAAACACGUUUAGUUGUGGAGGAGAGUCAGGAAGAUAUCCAGAUAAUUAAGAAUGACAUUCACUGUAUGGAGCGGCAACUCCACCAGCUAAUGAAGCAGCGCCAGCAGCUGCAAAGGGAGAGUGUAUCCGUGGUGGAAAAAAGGGGGAACAUCAUUGAGCGCAACAAGGCCCUGGCCCGCAAUGCUAAAAAGCAAAUUACCAUGGCUAAGCCACAUCAAAUGAAUGAAGGCCUGCGGCGCAAAGUCAAGGAAACACAUAAGCAAGUGAAAGAGUGUGAGCAUGAGAUAACGGGACUGCAGGAGAGCAAGGUGAUCCUGAGCAACGCACUUGUGCAGCAUAAACGGCAACUGACUGACCUGUCUGGCACCUGUGAUGUCCUAGAGGCGGAUUUAACAAAUAGCAGGGACACCAAACACAUGGCUCAUGCCCACCUGAUGGACUUUCAAAGAAAGGCCAAGAAGCUGCAAGAGGUGACUGAUGGCGAGUACCAACCAUUAUCCUCCAGCCAAUCGGUGGAAGCAACAACGCAGAGCCAGAUGGAUCGUGUGCGUGACAUGAGCAAUAUUAUUGCUAGUGUGUGUGAGGAAUAUACCCACCAUCAAGCAGCUCUCCGAGCUCUGUCACUGUCAUUGGCAGCAAGCACUCACACCCUUCUGAAGCAGGAAGCCAUCUGCGGCGUCCAUUAUACUUUAAUAAGUGGAGUUGAAUCAACAACACGUUCGGUUUUUCAGUGACCACUUUUUCAAUGUUUGUGUGAACUUUAAAUAAACUAAAAAAAACUAGCCUUGAUUUAUUUAAUUUUCCAAUUCUCCGCACACUUACACUACCGUUCAAAAGUU